AUGGGAACGACUGUUGAGCAAUAUAAUGCUCGAAAAUUUGAUUGCAACAUUGAUGGUCGAAUCGGCAUCAACUCGAGCCAUAGGAUAUUUGAAUUCCUCGAUUUUAUGGAUCAAAGAACAAACGAUAUCGAUCCGAAAGAAGGAAUGAAUGCACAAAAUCAAUGUGCUCAUGGAAUGGUGAUUGGAACUGCAUUCGAAAAUUAUAAACGAAGGCAAAUAGACCAAUUUGAAAAGGAUUUCAUCAAUUGUACGGAACGAUUCGAUCAAAAGAAUGGAACGAUAUCUGUCGAAGAAGCUGAGCACGGGAUGACGGUGCUAAACGAAUGGUGA